GAUAAGUGGCGAAGGCAGGAUUCGAGCCUAGGACCUUGCGAUAUACUGUUAAAGUCUUUACUAGCUAGGCUAGCUGACACCUUCUAUAGAUCAUCAUUUAUGAUUUCAUGCAUUUAAAGUUCACUCAGUUUGACUGAAUUGAUUUACCACCUUGCAGCUCUGAUGCAUCAAAUGAUAGAUAAACUAAGACUGUUCGAAAGUCACAUAAUAGAACAUCCAACUUUCAACUUCUUAGUCUUUAUUAUGCAUAUAAACCUUGGUUAGACUGCAAAACUAACUGCAGGUCAUAUUUAAGCUGACUAACUGAAUAUCUUUAGUUUUGUUUCUUUUAAUAGUACUGAAAACUAAUUCAUUGAACUGUAAUAAACAAAGAUGUUACUAAGUAUUCAAUUUGUUGAAUGUGAUUGAGCAGACUGGAGCUGGGAAAACAUACAGCAUGGAAGUUAAGUAAAAAAAAAAAAACCUUUUUGCUCUUUUGUUGUAAGAGAGAUGAAAUAGAAGUAAUGCAAUUGUCAAUCAAUUAGUUGCUGAUAAUCUGAAUAAACUUGUAUUUAAAAGGGCCUUGGUGUCUUAGAUGGAGAUCGAAACAAGAAAGGAUUGCUUCCAUGCGUUGUUGAUGGGAUUUUUGAAUUCCUGCAAUCUUUGGUGGAAAUGACUAAGUGGACAGUCAAGUUGUCAAUGGUUGAGAUUUAUAUGGACAAAAUAAGGGAUCUUUUUGAUUUAUCAAAGGAUAACAUACAAAUUAAGGAGAAUAAGUGCCAAGGCAUAUUUCUUUUGGGAGCAACUGAGAUCCCAAUCACAAACUCUACAGAAGCCUUGCAGUGCCUUUGUCAUGGAAUUGCCAAUAGAGCUGUUGGUGAGACACAAAUGAAUUUGGCCAGUAGCAGGAGCCAUUGUGUCUACAUAUUUUCAGUUCAGCAGGAAUCUAGAACAAAUGGAAGGUCGAAAACUGGAAAAAUUGUUCUUGUGGACUUAGCCGGUUCCGAGAAAGCUGAUAGAACUGGUGCUGGUGGAAUAGUCCUUGAAGAGGCCAAGAGCAUAAACAAGUCCCUCUCAGCAUUAGGGAAUGUGAUUAAUGCUCUGACAGCUGGAAAAGUGAACCAUAUUCCUUACAGGGAUUCCAAACUUACCCGGAUUCUGCAAGAUGCACUAGGUGGAAACUCCAGAACUGCUUUGCUUUGCUGCUGCUCGCCUAGCCCAUCAAAUGUUUCAGAAAGCCUCUCCACACUUCGGUUUGGAGCUAGGCAUGUUCGGGAAUUAUUAAUAACCACUUGUCAACUAUAAUCCACUAUAAGUAUCAGUUCUUACUGCAGGGCAAAGCUUCUAAAAUCUUCACCAAGAGCCAACAUGAGUGAUGCAAAGGACAACAUGGAACAGAUUAUUGAUUGUGAAUCUCUAGACUACAAAAGUGAAAAACUAUUGGAAAAGGUUCUUUGUGAGAAAAGUACUAUCAGCCUUACAUACUGUCUGCAGGAAUCUGUUCUGUUCAUGUUAUGUAUAAUUUUGUACAGCUAAGGCAGAAUCUCAAUGAGGAAGAUGUUGACAUGUUGGAUGAGUUGCUUACACUGGAGGGAAUCUUCUUUGAUCCUCGAUCGACUGAAGAAAUUGAAUCAGCAAUUGAAGAUGUAACCAUCAGAACAAUUUCAGCAUUGCAUCAAGCAGUUGAAGAUCUUAAGGACAGAAAUGACAUGCUGAUGAUGGAGAAUCAUACUCUGAAAGCUGACCUCACAGCUGCUCGGCUAGCUCUAAACAAUGCCAACACUGUUCCAAAUGCAUCUUUGUUUGGCAAAGCCAGAGAACUUUUGAUCUCAUAUCUACCUUCAUUUAACUUCCCUCUGAGAAGGUAAAAACAUCUCCAACCUGCAAUAUAUGAUGAGGAAUUUUACUACAUUAACCACUCUAGACUACUGUAGAAGCAAAAACAGAAUUUACUCUCGCAAAUAUUGUUGAAUGCUUGACAAUCUUGCUAUGAAAACAACUGCUUAUUUGGGCAUUCAUGCCCUUGACUAUCUUA